AUGUCUGUCUUACUGUUCGUUAACUGUUCUGAUCGGAUAAGUCAGUUGCCGGACGAUAUUCUCGUCUAUGUCCUGUCGUUUCUAUCGCUCAAGGAAGCCGCACGCACUAGUGUUCUUUCGUCUCGUUGGAUAAACUUGUCGAAACACAACCCUCGUCUCGUCUUUGAUGCGCACAGUUUGCCGGACAGGAUUGCGAAACAAAAAGGGGUAGCCGUUGUCGUAAAGUGGCGAAAGUAUGUGAAAUGGGUGAAUUGCAUACUCCGGUCGCAUAGAGCCGCCACGUUGAAAGAAUUCGCCGUCUUUUACGAACUUAAUCGGUUGGCCAGAAACGAUAUUACUCGCUGGCUUGAAUUCGCAUUUGCGAGGAACGUCGAGACGUUGGAGUUGGACCUUUCGCGGAAUUCGGACUACUUUGGGUAUCGGCACGAACACUAUGUUUUCCCCGAAGAGUACUUUCUGAACGGAAGUAUCGACUUCAAGUCCCUCAAAGUGUUGUCUUUGAGAAGCGUCGAGGUUACUGAUGGAGCUGUCGAGUUCUUUUUACGCAACUGCCCCUUGCUCGAAGAAUUGGCCGUGGAAGACUCGUAUAAAAUAUCUAAUCUCGAAGUUUGCGGUCGGUCCUUGGUUUUAAAACACUUGGAGUUAACAUGCUCCGAUUUGAAAUCAGUUAAGGUUUUCGCGCCGAAUCUUGCUUCACUUAGUGUUCCGGGACCACAAGGGCUCUUUCUUGAGAAUGUUCCGAUGCUUGUUGAUGUAACUUUUAGCCUUGGGUGUCGAGAUUCCGUCAAGAAUAUUCUUCCGGCACUUUCUUGCUGCAUUUUCCGAUUGGAGAUUCUUAGCUUGCAGCUAACAGCCAGCCCGGAGGAAAUUGUUCUCUCCACAUUUCCCGAACUGCCUAAAUUGAAGAAAUUGGCCAUACAAUAUCGGGGAGGACACGACGAAAGUCUUAUGGGACUCACCCCUCUAAUAAGGGCAUCUCCCUACUUGCAGGAAUUUGUUUUAAACUUAGUUCGAUGGGGACAUUCGAAGUCUGAUAUAGGAGUGAAGAAUAUUAUAAAAUUUUCGCACCAUCACCUUAAAGUGUUCAAGUUCUGCGACUAUUACGGUCACGCCAACGACAUUGAAUUAGUUGGGUACAUGUUGGAGAGUUGUGUCGUGCUCGAGAAAAUAAUUUUUGAUUUUUAUUAUACGUUAAAACAUCACAACGCGAAGCAACAACUUAAAGCACAAGUACCUCACCACAUUGAAUUGGUUAUUCUUUAA